GGUUCACUUAAAAUUGACUGGUCAAGUCGAGCUCACCAUAGCUACACUAGCCAUGGCAGCCGCAGCCGCCGCCAUUCGUCCUAUGCGACUUGCUUCGUUGACGCGGUCACGCUGCUCCAUAUUUCAAACUGCAUAUAACCCCACAUCAGCACGUACUGGAGCCAAAUACCUUCGCGCACGACUUCGCGGGCCUUCUAUGGUCAAAUACUACACUCCAGAAGCCAAUAUUGCACAGAUCAUGAGACAAUGGCCUGAGUUGGAAAUGAGAAACUUUGCAGAGGAGGAAAGACUGCAAGAUGUGGAGGACAAAAAGAAGAGAGGGAAGGGUGCACCGAAGAAAGCCAAGGAGAAAGGCGACAGUCGCAGAGCCAGCAGGAGGCGAUAAUGAUGCAUUUUUGUGUUUCGUUGGAGGAACUUAUUAUACCACAC